AUGGAUCUUAAGGACAGCACCAGCGAGGGCAGCAUGGGAAGCCUGGAGCCCUCCAGCAUCCAGAUGUUUGCCAACACUUCCUCCCUCCAUGGGAUCCGCCACAUUUUUGUCUAUGGGCCGGUGACGAUAAGGCGGUUGCUGUGGACCAUGGCCUUUGUGGGCUCGCUGGGUCUCCUCCUGGUGGAGAGCUCGGAUCGGGUGGCUUUCUAUUUCUCCUACCAGCACGUCACUAAAGUGGACGAGGUGGUGGCCAACAGCCUGGUUUUCCCUGCGGUCACCAUCUGUAACCUCAACGAAUUCCGCUUCUCCAGACUCACCACCAAUGACCUGUACCAUGCUGGGGAGCUCCUGGCUUUGCUGGACGUGAAUCUGCAGAUCCCAGAGCCCCACCUGGCUGACCCGGCGGUCCUGGCCGCUCUCCAGGAAAAGGCCAACUUUAAGCAAUACAAACCGAAAAUUUUCAACAUGCAGGAGUUCUUGGGGCGGGUGGGGCACGACCUGAAGGAUAUGCUGCUGUACUGCAAGUUCAAAGGUCAGGAGUGCAGCCAGAAGGACUUCAAAACUGUGUUUACAAAAUAUGGGAAAUGUUACAUGUUUAACUCAGGAGAAGAAGGGCGGCCCCUGCUUACCACAGUCAAAGGUGGGACGGGCAAUGGAUUGGAGAUCAUGCUGGACAUACAACAGGAUGAAUAUUUACCAAUAUGGGGAGAAACAGAGGAAACUACGUUUGAAGCUGGAGUCAAAGUUCAGAUCCACAGCCAGUCGGAGCCGCCCUUCGUCCAAGAACUUGGCUUCGGAGUGGCCCCUGGAUUUCAGACCUUUGUCGCCACACAGGAGCAACGGCUGACCUACCUGCCCCCUCCGUGGGGCGAGUGUCGCUCGUCGGAUGUGGGGUUAGACUUUUUCCCCAUAUACAGUAUCACGGCUUGCAGGAUUGACUGUGAAACCCGCUACAUUGUGGAAAACUGCAACUGCAAAAUGGUCCACAUGCCAGGGGACGCUCCGUUCUGUACUCCGGAGCAGUAUAAGGAGUGUGCAGAGCCUGCGCUGGGUUUGCUUGCUGAAAAGGACAGCAAUUACUGUACCUGCAGGAUGCCGUGUAACCUGACCAGGUACAACAAAGAGCUCUCCAUGGUGAAGAUCCCCAGCAAGACUUCGGCCAAGUACCUGGAGAAGAAGUUUAACAAGUCUGAAAAAUACAUCUCAGAGAAUAUUCUCGUGCUGGAUAUAUUUUUUGAAGCACUCAACUAUGAGACAAUUGAGCAGAAGAAAGCAUACGAAGUGGCAGCUUUACUUGGUGACAUUGGCGGUCAGAUGGGAUUGUUUAUUGGUGCUAGUAUCCUUACAGUACUAGAGCUCUUUGAUUAUAUUUACGAGCUGAUCAAGGAAAGAUUGUUAGACCUGCUUGGCAAGGAGGAGGAGGAGGGAAGCCAUGACGAAAACGUGAGCACUUGCGACCCCAUGCCAAAUCAUUCCGAAACCAUCAGCCACACUGUGAACGUGCCCCUGCAGACGACCCUGGGAACGCUGGAGGAAAUCGCCUGCUGA